AUGUUAUUUUUGGCAAACAAGAAGAGUUUCGAAUCAAUGAAGACAUCGACGACGACGACGCCUGCUCUCGCCGCCACGGUGCUGGCGGUGGCGGCCUUGAUCCUGGGCGCCCGCAGCGUCGACGCGGCGGUGGCAGACACGUGCAAGGCGGCCGCGGCCAGCGACGUGCGCGUCAACGUGGACCUGUGCAUGUCGAAGCUGGGCAGCCACCGCGGCAGCCUCGAGGCGGCGGACGCCUGGGGCCUGGCCAAGGUGGCCUCGCUCGUCGGCGUCGACAACGCCAACCUCGCCGCCGCGGACGUCAAAGCCCAGGAGGCCGCCGACCCCAACGUGCGCGUGAAGCCGGCGCUCGCCAGGUGCGGCACGCUCUACAAGGACGUGGGCAUGUGGUUCGCGGGCGCGCACGACCAGAUCAGCAACCACGCCUACCCCGCGGCCAAGCAGAGGCUGGACGAGGCCCUGGCGCAGACGCAGCUGUGCAACGCCGCGUUCGCGGCCGCCGGCGUGACCCUGCCCCAGCCGCUGGCCCUGCACACCGUCGACUGCAUCCAGAUCGCCAUCAUCGCCGGCGCCAUCACCAACCUCAUCAAGUGA